AUGGUGACGGCAGCGCAACUGAAGCAGUUCAAGACCAUUUCGGUUCUGGAAGCAUUCCCGGCCGUGCCUGGGAUCUCCCUGGAGCAUCCGCCUGCCCAGACGGUCCAGGUUGCUUCCCCCAUCCUCGCGCCCAGCGUGGAAGCUGCAGGGGAUGUGCGUGGCUCACUGAACUCGGCUUCAGCACCUUCGCCCGGAAGGCGGCCGGGCGCACAGCGGAGGAGACGUCAUGCCGAGCAGGGUGCGCGGCAGCAGCGACGAUCCUGCGGGGCACGGUUGAUGCGCAGGACGCAGAGCGCCGUGCCAGAGCCGGAUCCGAAGCUGGCGGCGUUGGACAUGAGCAAAGUCCGGAACAAGGUUCAGAUGGGUAUCCGCAGCACCUCGACUGCCCGGUGCGGCAACAACGGCCGCGAGGCUAAGAACCGACCGGAGAUGGCCGCCCCUGUUGGCUGCGGCGACAGCCACAAAGUACGAGUUGAAUGCUGCUCGGUAACAAGAAGGUCUCGGCAAAAUCGACUUCAUGAUCUGCGAGAUCUCUGA